AUGCAGAAAUUCGAUUUGCUGGCUUCCUUUGAUACUGAAAAGUACCAUUUAACCCUCGGUGGGUUCUACCUAGGUACCCACAUCAAAUAUAAACACGUCUACGUCUUAAGCUGCAUUUUCAACUUGUUCAUAUCGUGGUCUCAGUUCCUCUCCAUGGCUACAUUUUCAUAUUUCAACUCCUCAAAUCUAGAGAAACUCUCAGAAAUUCUUUUAUUCUGCAUGACUCAGUUCGCUUUUCUGAAUAAACUGACAAAUUUUGUUGCACAGAAAACCAAUUUGAUGCAGUUGGAGGUGAUGUUGCUGAGUUAUCUUCUAACAAACGUAACCCAGAAAGAGAUCGACGUUCUGGAAAACCACAUAAAGGAAGGAAGGCUUCUAGUUAAGAUCUACAGGGCGUUGUGCUUUUUGGUGGUUCUGUUCUAUGCUCUGUUUCCAUUUUUGGACGAUCGAUCUGGGGAAAGUCACAAAUUUCCUUUACCUUGCUGGUUCCCCUUUGAUGAAACUAAGUAUUACUACCAAGUAUUUUUUUUGGAGAUUCUAAGUAUAGCCGUUGGGACGUGGAUCAAUUCCAACAUCGAUUUAUUGACUGUCAUGAUGUGUGUAUUAGCGACGGCUGAAUUUGAGGUUUUGAGGAAUAGAUUAGCUACUAUUUUACAACCCCUGUCUACAUCUGCAAGUGUCGACGGAGAUGCAGUGGUAAAGAUAAAGUUAAGGGAUUGUAUAUCCUUCAGCAGCAUGCAGUUCCUUUUACUAAUAGUAUACUUCUCGUGCAUGAUGUGUCAGGUAGCCAUGUACUGCUGGUUGACGGCUAUUCGGGAAAACGGGCGAGUAAGGAACUCCGAGAGGAACGGGGACCAACCCUCGGAGUUUCAUGGAAACGGGGUUCCAAGAACAGGCGGGAAAAUGGCCGACGCUCUGUUCCCGGACGGAAGGAUCAGGAGAGUGCUGAGAACAGGCGGGACAGGCACCAACGCUCUGCUCUCAGACGGAAGGAUAGGGAGAGAGAAACCUUGGUAG